GAAGGGCUCGGGGAGCUCGUUACGGGCGCUGUGGAGCGGGCACCCGCUUGUCCCGCGGGGUGUCUGCACCGUGCGGCGGGCCGGGGCGGACGGGCUCGCCCGGAGCGGCAUCAGCUCCUCCGGAAUGAGCCUGCAAGGGAAAAGUGCUUGUAAAAUCUAUUUUCGUGGCUGCGUGCGACAUAUGUGACUGUACUUGGGGUCCCUGCUUGGUUGUGCAGAGCCACGGACCUGUAGCAGAGCCAGCUGGGCACCAUCCCACUGUAGGAUGCUUCGCAAUGCCCUAGGAAAAGCCUUCCGAUUUCUGGGGUACACGGUGCAAUAUGGCUGCAUAGCACACUGUGCCUUUGAGUACCUUGGAGGAAUUGUUGUGUGCUCUGGACCUUCCAUGGAACCAACCAUUCAGAACUCUGAUGUUGUCUUUUCGGAGAACCUCAGCCGCCACUUCUACUGCAUUCGAAAAGGAGAUAUUGUAAUUGUGAAAAGCCCAAAUGACCCCAAAUCAAAUAUCUGUAAAAGAGUAAUUGGCUUGGAAGGGGAUAAAGUCUGCACAAGCAACCCUUCAGAUUUCCUUAAGAGUCACAGCUAUGUGCCUAAAGGACAUGUGUGGUUAGAAGGUGAUAAUCUCAGGAAUUCUACAGAUUCCAGGUGCUACGGACCUGUUCCUUAUGGGCUGAUAAGAGGACGCAUUUGUCUUAAGAUAUGGCCUCUGAAUGACUUUGGAUUUCUACGUGCAAGCCCCAAUGGCCACAGAUUUCUUGAUGAUUAAAAGACUUAAGUACUAUUGACAGUUUGCAUAGUAUUUUCUACUAAAACGAAUUGAACUAUUUUUGUUUAGAAUAAACAUAAAUAUUACUUGACAAAGAUA